CCCGGCCGCCCCUGGAGCCCGCGAGCCGCGGCAGCCCCGGCACCGGCUCGGGUUGUCGUUUAAAUGUCUGACGGAGGAAGUGAGCCCAGGAAAGUGGAAGUUGCCCUGAGAGACUUCUCAGUGUAUUCAGGAUGAUUGAGGAGAGUGGGAAGAGGAGGAGGACCAUGGCAGAGAAGAGGCAGCUGUUCAUGGAAAUGAGAGCCCAGAACUUCGACGUGAUCCGGCUGUCCACGUACAGAACCGCCUGCAAGCUGCGCUUCGUGCAGAAGAGGUGCAACCUUCACCUUGUUGAUAUCUGGAACAUGAUUGAAGCCUUCCGAGACAAUGGCCUUAACACUUUGGAUCACAGCACGGAGAUCAACGUGUCCCGGCUUGAAACCAUCAUUUCAUCCAUCUACUACCAGCUGAACAAGCGCCUGCCCUCCACCCACCAGAUCAGCGUGGAGCAGUCCAUCAGCCUGCUGCUCAACUUCGUGCUGGCAGCCUAUGACAGCGAGGGCCACGGGAAGCUGACGGUGUUCUCAGUGAAAGCCAUGCUGGCCACCAUGUGUGGGGGCAAGAUCCUGGACAAGCUCAGAUCUUUUACAGAGACAGGUGCAGGAUGCUCCUGGCAGCACGGCCCGUGCGUGGCUCUGCAGCUCCCUGUGCUCUCCCUGCAGAAGAAGGUGAUGCUCAACAUGUUCCUGGACACGCUGAUGGCCGACCCUCCUCCCCAGUGCCUUGUGUGGCUGCCCCUCAUGCACAGGCUGGCUCACGUUGAAAAUGUCUUCCACCCCGUGGAGUGCUCGUACUGCCACUGUGAGAGCAUGAUGGGCUUCCGGUACCGCUGCCAGCAGUGCCACAACUACCAGCUGUGCCAGUCCUGCUUCUGGAGGGGCCACGCCAGCGGCCCCCACAGCAACCAGCACCAGAUGAAGGAGCACUCCUCCUGGAAAUCCCCGGCCAAGAAGCUGAGCCACGCCAUCAGCAAAUCUCUGGGCUGCGUGCCCAGCAGGGACCCGCCCCGGCCGCUGUUCCCCGAGCAGCCCGAGAGGCCCCUGGACCUGGCCCACAUCGUGUGAGUACCCUGAGCCCCCUCCCCACCC